AUGACCCGCCGCUCCCCACCCUCCCACCUCACCCUCCUCCCAACCCACAUUCCCACUCCACCCCGGGGUGCCCCCAAAUUCUUUCUCCCCCACUUUCCUUGCUCCCUCCCAACGACUUGUUCCUCCCCUAUCCCCUCCGUCCCUCUAGGGUCAUACGCAUACCCUUCUUUCUCCCCCUCCCCGCCCACGGAAAUAUCUCCAGCUACCCAUUCCCGAUCUUCUUCUUCAUCUUCUACAUCAUCUCACUCUUCUCCGGGGCAUAAGAAAUCCCUAUCAUUGACUACUUCUCUCCCACCUCCCCCGCCUGAGAUUGUUUCUGAAAAACGUUAUAUCACGCCUACAGAUGCAGCGGGGGACGGGAGGAAGGUGGCGCCGUGGUUGAGAAGUAGGGGUUUCGAUCAGGCAGGAAGGGAGAUGGGGGUGGAGAGGGUGUUGAGACCGCUCGAAGGGGCGCUUGUCAUGCGUCGCUAG